ACAUUUAAUCUGGACAUGGACUGGAGUAAAAAUUAUGUAUGUUAAAAUAAUUAUGUUAUAUUAGUUUUUAUCUACUACAGCCUGUUGAAGGUGGACAACAGACAUUUUUUCAAUGUUAUGGAGCUCAUAUUUUGAGUGUUUUGUAACUCACACAUUGGAAAUACUUGAGAUCUGUGUUCACCGUUGGAAAUGGGGACCUCGGUUUUAUCUGAAGUCAGGACUCAAAGAGGAGUUUUUUGCAUGCUUCUGCUCCUCUUGCUCUGCUGCUUGGCUGGAAAAUGUGAGCUUCAGAAAUCAAAACCUUUAUCGGCAACCAACCUCCCCACUGUCAAACCUUUCCAAGAUCAAAACAAUGAACCUCAGGCCUUCCCCGAAGAGGAGAGGGCCAGCCUCCCUGUGUUUACUAUGGACUACCCUCGGAUACAAGUCCCCUUUGAGUUUACACUAUGGAUACUGUUGGCCUCCUUUGCCAAAAUUGGUUUCCACAUUUACCACAAAAUCACCAUCUGGAUCCCAGAAUCCUGCCUCCUGAUUACCAUCGGCCUCAUCGUCGGCGGCAUCAUGCACUCAGUUAAAGAGGAGCCCCCGGCUGUGCUCAGCUCCAAUGUCUUCUUCCUCUACAUGCUCCCACCCAUCGUUCUCGACAGCGGCUACUUCAUGCCCACAAGGCCGUUCUUCGAAAACGUUGGCACGGUGCUGUGGUACGCCGUGGUGGGAACUCUGUGGAACAGUAUUGGCAUCGGGCUUUCUCUGUUCGCCAUCUGCCAGUUUGAGGUGUUUGGAGUUCAAGAUAUCAACCUGCAGGAGAACUUGCUGUUUGCCUCCAUCAUCUCGGCUGUGGACCCAGUGGCUGCUCUGAAUGUGUUUGAGGACAUCGGAGUCAACGAGCAGAUUUACAUAGUCAUAUUUGGAGAGGGACUCUUCAAUGAUGCUGUCACUGUGGUACUGUAUAGCAUGUUUUCCUUCUUGGCAGACCUGCCCAUUGUUGAAUCCACUGACGUGUUCCUUGGAGUGGCCCGGUUCUUCGUGGUGGCGGCCGGCGGAGUCCUCUUUGGCCUUCUGUUUGGAUUCGUGGCAGCGUUCACCACACGUUUCACCCACAACGUCCGUCAGAUCGAGCCCCUCUUCGUCUUCAUGUACAGCUACCUGGCGUACCUGGUGGCCGAGCUGUUUGCCAUCUCCAGCGUCCUGGCCAUUAUCACAUGUGCUAUCACCAUGAAGUACUACGUGGAGGAGAAUGUGUCUCAGAGAUCCUGCACCACCAUUCGCCAUGUGGUGAAGAUGCUGGCAACCGUCUCCGAAACCCUCAUCUUCUUCUUCCUGGGUGUUGUUACUAUAACGACCGAACACGAGUGGAACUGGGCCUACAUCCUGUUUACGCUGCUCUUUGCCUUCAUCUGGAGAGGACUGGGAAUUCUGGUGUUGACACAGAUCAUCAACCCGUUCCGUACCAUCCAGUUCAAUUUCAAGGACCAGUUUGGACUCGCCUACGGAGGCCUACGAGGGGCAAUCUGCUUCGCCCUGGUCUUCACCUUGCCCGAUAACAUCAACAGAAAGAAUCUGUUUGUCACGGCUUCGAUCGCCAUGAUUAUAUUCACUGUUUUCAUACAGGGCAUCAGCAUCCGUCCCAUCGUAGAGUAUUUAAACAUCAGGAGGACCAACAAAGACCUGAACACCAUCAAUGUAGAAAUCCACACCAGGGUGAUGGAGCAUGUUGUCUGUGGUAUUGAGGACCUGUGUGGCCAGUGGAGUCACUACUACUGGAAAGACAAGUUUAAGAAGUUCAACGAUCGUGUUUUGAGGCGUAUCCUGCUUCGAGACAACAGGGCCGAGUCCAGUAUUGUGUCUCUGUAUAAGAAACUGGAGCUGCAGAACGCCAUUGAAAUACUGGACACACCUGUGGCAGACCUCAGUGCAGCGCCAUCUAUUGUCUCUCUGCAUGAUGAGAUGAAGGAGGCAUCUCGACCGAAGAAGAAGUUCCUGGCUGCUGACGUGAGGAAAAUGCACGACAUCCUGUCAAAUAACAUGUACAAGAUCCGACAAAAGACGAUGGCGUACACCAACAAGUACAGUCUGCCCGACGAAAGCCGAACCAGGGAGAUUCUGAUCCGCCGCCACGCGAGCAUCAGACGCAGCCUCCGUCCCGGAAGUCUCCGUGAGAUGCCUGCACUAAACAUCCCCAAGUCUCAGAGGUACUACUCCCUGCAGGCCGGUGGAGAUCUGGAGUCUGCCCUCAGAAGACGAAGUUUCGGUGGUAGUGAGGUGGGCCGUCCCUCAGCUCGUCUCCAGUCCUCUGGUGUGUCGCCCCGCUCCUCGUCCCGCUCCUCGUCCAGCUCUCUGGUUCCUUUAAGGAGGUUGAACACCAUCCAGGAGUCUGGGAGUGCAGGGGAGCAGCCAGCUGCUUCUCCCCGCCCACACUCUCCAUCUCUUGGAGUACACCCUUCGGACAAGAGGGGUCCCGGAAAUCUUGGUGGUUCCAGCUUCAGAGUCAGGAAAGCACCAGCUUCCGCACCCAGGAGACCCAGCUCAGAUUGGGCAGAAGGAGACGAAGACCCUGCCAACCCCGAACCUCCAGGAGGAGGGGUGGAACCAGUGCGACCUCCCCAGCUACCACCACCUCGUGGCUGGAUACCUGAGAACCAGGAUGCCAGAGAAAAUGGGGCAGGAAAUCCCCUACUUAGACACUCGUCACAGGGGUCUCGAGGCACAGGGAGAUCAUGACGAACAGAGGACCGAGGGAAGGAUUUUGAAUCAGGUCGGCUGCUCCGGAGCACAAACAAGAGGCUCAUUUACAAACUUGAACUUCAAAACAGAAGAGUUUAGUUGAGAAAGACUCUUGAUAUUACCUGCCUGUUCUCUUAAUUAUGCUGGGGUUUUUUUUUUACUCAUCUUUUCUAGAUAACAUUUGGCUAUUUUACUUUUAAUUCAUUGAACAGAGAGGUGGUGGUGUCCACAUCCCACCCUCUGUUUAAGACAACAGGUGACAAUCAGCAAAGGAAAAAACCUUGGAUUGUAGCUCCCAAAAAAGUUUGAGAAAUGAUCCCAGCAGGACUGAAAUGUCUUUCAAUCUAAAAAAAAAACUAUUAGUACGUUUUUUUCCUGAACCAAGUUCCUGCUUUCUGCCUCCUGAAAUCUUUCUGUUUGCAAAAUCAAAACUGCAAUCCUGUAAUGCAACAUGCAGGGCCAUCAUCUGCAUGGUAUGCAAGUGUUUUUGCA